CCAGAGAAUUCCUCCACUCAGUGCAAUACUAGGACAGACAGAGCAGACCACAUCAAGCAAGAAAGAGCUAAAUCCGUCGCUGGAAUCGUCCAGUAUUUCUUAUUCUGUAUUGAGAGACGAGGAUUACCAAUUUUGGGGAAGUUCUGAAUGGAUACGCACAUUGGCAGUAUAUUAUGAUGUGCCAAUUUCACUGCUAAAUUUUAAUGCAGUUUUACAAAAUGUCAGGGAAUUAAGUUUUGUGUGACAAUUGUUUUUAUUGGAAACAUGGACUAAUACGCAGAGAAGAGUGAUUUUUUUCAGUGUCUUGGAAUAAUGAUUUAUUCCGAGAUUGAACGUGUAUUGGGGAUUUAAACUAAAUUAACCAGUAUUUUUGUAGUAGUCUAUUUGUAUUUGUAGUUUUAAUCAAGUACCAAGUCAUGGAACUAUUAUUCGAAAUUCUGUUUGUAACUGCUUUUGUCACUUUGAUUCAGGUUAAUGGCGAAGUAGUAAAGCCAAAGCCAUCCAAGCAUCCAGGCCUCCAGGUGUUAGGCACGGCCUCACACUAUUGGCCGCUGGAUAAGGUGGACGGGAUCCAUGGAUUGUGGGACCAGAUUGGAAACAGACCAGGUCAUGUUAAUGGAAGUAAUAUAACUCUUCAAAUCCACAAGCACACUGUGCUCCCUUCCUCCCAUAACUCUUCCUCUGUGUAUACCAAUGACUCUGCCUACACUAAUGUUUCUGCAACAGUAGACAUAGUUGAAGGGAUGGUCAACAAGGGGAUCUAUCUGAAUGGAGAUAAUGGAGGCACAUUUCUCCACUUUGGGAACUACCAGAACACCUGCAUUAGUGACCCCACUCUGUGUGGCCCUGAGGGGAUUACAUUUUCCUUCUUUUGGAAGAACCAGGAGGCAGAGUCCCGUUUUGCAAUAGUCUCUGGAGGGAAAGUCAUCUCCAAUGGCUUCUCUGUCUAUGCCAAUGCCUACAUUGGAUAUGUGGAGUUCUACACACGAGGAAACUUCAAGAGGUGGAGGGCUAACAUCAAUAUACUAGGGCCCUUCUGGACCCACAUUCUGUUCACUUGGACCCUGAAGGAUGGUCUCAACAUCUACAUCAAUGGGACAUUCAACACCAGUGACCCCACUGGCAAUGUGUCUAUGAACUAUGGAGACCCUUACCCUGACCUGGUCAUUGGGACAGGAAAUGACCAGUCCUAUGGACACCAUUUGACAGGAGCCUUUGAUGAGUUUAUCAUCUGGGAGAGGGCUCUGUCACCACAGGAGAUCCUUAUGUACUACAAGGCUGCCAUAGGUGAUGCUUGGACUUAUCCUACCACAGCAAGUGUUCCUAAAGAAGUCUCCUCUACGACACAAACACCGGGAGUCACAGAUGUGUCCUAUCCUGUCAACACCAGGCUGAGUGAGGAGAUCCACAGCUCCCAGGACUCUCUGCCCAUGCAAGGCUUCCUGGAGUUUCUGCCAUUCAGCCUGCCCAACAAGACCAUCCCCCAAGACACUGCCAACAACCUCACACAGGCCUUUCUGAAGAGUGUGGGGGAAGUGCUGUCUUCUGAAGUGGCUCGAGAGGAUGAGGAGUCCACCCCUGUGGUCAGUGGGCUGAUUGAGACAGUGGAUAAAGUGAUGGUCCAGAUGGUGUCCAGCCUGGAGUCCAGCCCCAGCCCUCACUCUCUCAUCUCACUGGGAGGAAAGUCCUUUGUAGCAGAUUACUCUCUAAUGAAGAUCCCACAGAACUACAAUCUUCCACUCUACCGCUUCCCCACGCAAGGAAAGAACUACAUCUCAGUGCCUGGCGAGGCAUUCACCAUGCAGUCCCAAACCACCAUUGUGGGUGUGUUCUACCACAACAUGCACAACUACUACACAGGGAUCAGCCCCCUCAGGACCAGGAUCAACGAGGCAGCUGAUUUCAAAGACCAUAAGAUCCAGGUGGCCAGUUUCCUCAUCUCACUGAAGGUGGAGCCAUCGCCUGCCCUGUCCGUCAACCUGUCUGGGUCUCCACUCAUCAAGAUUGUCCUCACACACAUCCUGAACAGGGAUCAGCAGGGUCAAGCCUUAAACCAGAGCAACAAAGUGUAUCUCUACUGUGCCUUCCUCGACUACAGUUCAAAGGAGGGUGUUUGGUCCAAUGAGGGCUGUGUGCGGUCCGAAGGGAACAUGUCCUACUCAGUGUGUCUGUGUAAUCAUCUGACCAACUUCGCCAUCCUCAUGCAGGUGGUGCCCAUGGAGCUUUCCAAGACCCACCAGGUGGCGCUAUCAACCAUCAGUUACAUUGGCUGUGCCAUCUCCAUCUUUUGUCUGACCAUCACUCUGGUGACGUUUGCAAUCCUGUCGACAGUGAGCACUAUCUGUAACCAACGCUACCACAUCCAUGCCAACCUGUCCUUUGCCAUUCUGGUUGCCCAGAUCCUGCUGCUCAUCAGCUUCCGCUUUGAUCCGGGCACGCUGCCCUGUAAGGUGAUGGCUGUGCUGCUCCACUUCUUCUUCCUGAGUGUGUUUGCCUGGAUGCUGGUGGAGGGCCUGCACCUCUACAGCAUGGUCAUCAAGGUUUUCGGCUCCGAGGGCAGCAAGCAUUUCUACUACUACGGGAUUGGCUGGGGGUCUCCACUGGUGAUCUGUGUGGUUUCUAUGACAUCAGCCUUGGACAGCUACGGAGAGGUUGGGAACUGUUGGCUGUCUUUGAAGAUCGGCGCUGUUUGGGCCUUUGUGGCACCAGCACUGUUUGUCAUUGUGGUGAAUAUUGUGAUUCUUAUAUCUGUGACGAGGAUCAUCUCUCGUAUUAGUUCAGAGAAUUACAAGGUUCAUGGAGAUGCCAACGCAGUCAAGCUGACUGCAAAGGCAGUGGCUGUACUCCUUCCUAUUCUGGGCAUCUCCUGGAUCUUUGGGGUACUGGCCAUCAAUGAUCACUCACUGAUGUUCCAGUACAUGUUUGCUGUGUUCAACUCAUUACAGGGAUUCUUUAUUUUCCUGUUCCACUGUCUUCUCAACUCUGAGGUCAGAGCUGCCUUCAAGCACAAAACCAAGGUGUGGUCGCUUACCAGCAGCUCCAUUCGCAAUAUCAAUGGGAAACCCUUCAACUCUGAUGUUAUUAAUGGAAACAGAGGAGGCGUGAGCCCCACAAAGAUGAACACAUGGGACAAAAGCACCUACUCAGCCAAUCGGAUCGACCUGUCCGCUGUGUAAAACUACAGGACUUCACUUCCAGUAAUGGCAGAAGUAGGAUGCCAUGCCAACCUUGGGUUCACUAGUUCACUAGAUUCAUUGACAAACACUUGCUUAAGUAUUGUGUUGUUGCCCACUGUUAUAUGUGAUGUAUGAUCCACUCUCAUGGACUCUAAAGGAAAAGCCUUAGAUAAGGGGGUGUGUUGUGGUGUAGCUACAUAGUCAGGAUGUCAUGUGUCUUCAUAAAGAGCUCUAUACACAAUGACUAACCAUUCUUACAGCUUCCAUAGCCCACAGCCUCCCCCUCCCAUACUCCUCCACUGUGCAAUGCUUUGAUGUAAAAGCUGUAACCCCAAAGGGACAUCAGCACAACCUGAAGACAAAACAGACUCAAGGGACUGUGCCUUUCAACUUCUCUAAUAAAAGACAGCUGGCCAGACGCAUAUGCACUCUUAGAAAAAAGGGUUCUUCUGCUGUCACCAUAGGAGCACCCUGUUUGGUUCCUACGUAAAACACUCUGUGGAAAGGGUUCUACAUGUAACCCAAAAGGGUUCUACCUGGUAACAAAAGGGGUUCUACAAAGGGUUCACCUAUGGGGAAAGCUGAAGAACCAUUUUAGGUUGUAGAUAGCACCUUUUCUUUCUAAGUGUAGGGAUGGGAAUUCUGAGGGGACUUUGUGAGAUUGUAAGAGCCCUUGGCCUUGAGAAUUUAAAACAUGGCAUUAACUGCUUCACAUUGUUUUUGUCCAACAGUGUAUUAUGUCUUGAAAUGUUUCUUCCCAAGUAUUUGUCAUUAUCAAUUUGACCAGAGGCUAUCCAAUGUUUUGCAUUGGUAUAUUUUGUGAUAUGUAAACAUACUUUAGCUUUAACUUAGAGUUUUAUUGUUGCUUUCAGAAUGAAUUAUGGUCUUGACAAGUCACACUGGAGGCUAUAACAGCCUGGUAAUGGGUUUGUGCAGGAUGGUUAUUCUACUACAGGGUCCUGGCUGGAUGGUACAUUAAGCAUUAUGUGUUGAACCAACCAAUGAAAGAAUAAAUAACAAUGUUCUUCUUUUCUGAAAUAUUUAAUGUCCAGAAAGUGCAAAACAUUGAAUCUGGCACCAAACAAACGUGCCUUAGCACGCACGUACAUACAUACAUACAGGGAUGAAUACUUUCAUGUAAAAAGUGUAAUCAAAUUAACACCCCCACAGUUUAAAGUAUUUAUUUAUGGAUUUUGUCAUUUACAUUUUUUUUUUUUGCAAAGCAUCAGAGCAAGUCACAAUGUUUGAUACUCUGCCUCUCUUGAAGUUCUUUGUUGUUUCUUCUGACAAUGAUGAGUUGAGAUGAGGUGACAAUGCUAUUUCCGAAUGUACCUCAUGUCUCUCUGUAAGCUGCAUUAUUUCAUGCUUUUUAAAAAUAAAAUAGAGAAUUAUUGCGUUAGACAUA